AUGCCUCGAAAGGGUGCGAGUGCGAAACGGCGUUUGAGUAAUGAACUCGAUGAACAACUGCCAGCCAGCGAUCCAGUUCCAGAGCUCGUAGCUCAAAAUGAGCGGCUAAGACGGACCCGGAGUCGCAUGACUCUGGGCUCCAUCCAACCCCAACCGGCUCAAAACCAGGCGCGGUUCGCUGCCGCCGAUGCUUCAAGAUCUCGACAGCCAGGCGAAUUUGUUACAGAAAUAUCUGUUGAUGCAACAGCAUCCAUCCCGGCCGCUAUUCCGUCUCAAGCAUUUUCCAGUGUUGCGCUCCUGCAAGCUCUCCCAAAUGCUUCGAAUGUCGGCGUUUCGACAACCAGAUCUGGGAGAGUCACUAGAACUAGAUUUCCAGCUGCCCACCUCUCAGGCGAGAACGUCCCUCCUCGUGUCGGGAAACGUAAAAGAACUACAGCCUCGUCUCGAGCAGCUGCCCUUGACGAUGCUGAGUUUGGGACACCGGAUCUCAUAGAUGACGAUGACGACGACGAUGAUGAUGAUGACGACGACGACGACGACGACGACGAUGUCGAUGAUGAUGAUGAGGUCGCAAAGCUCUUUAGGAAGCCCACAAGAGCUAGUCCUAGAGCAGCCCUUCUAAAAAGCAGCCCAGCCAACAAGUUCACUGAUUCGAGCAUGACCGAUCUUCCACCACUUUCAGAUAUCAAUGAAAUCUUUGCGGAUCUCACCAAGAAUCAUGCCGGUCUCGUCGAUGUUGCCAAAUAUCUCAAUGGGAAGCCUUUGAGAGUUGCAACUAUGUGCUCGGGUACGGAGAGCCCUCUUCUUGCCCUUGGCUUGAUGGUCAAGCAUUUGAAGCAGAUCUUCGGUGUUGAAAUGUCCAUUGAGCAUUUGUUUUCCUGCGAGAUCGAACCGUUCAAGCAGGCAUACAUCGAGAGGAAUUUUCAUCCCAAGAUCCUUUUCCGAGAUGUGUGUGAACUCAACGAAGAGUACGCCACCACAGCAUAUGGCUCGAAGGUCAAAGUCCCAGGUGAUUGCGACAUGCUAGUGGCCGGCACCUCGUGUGUCGAUUACAGCAAUUUGAACAACCAUGGGAAAGGCCUAGAAGACAAUGGUGAGUCGGGGCGAACCUUUUAUGGGAUGUUAGGUUGGGUAAUAAAGCACAAACCCAAAAUCGUUAUCAUCGAGAACGUUUGCCAAGCACCCUGGGGUGAUAUCGUGGCAAAGUUCGAAACAAUCGGCUAUGCUGCGGGACAUAGCAGAUUUGACACGAAAAAUUUCUACAUCCCGCAUACGAGGCAGCGCGGCUACCUCGUAGCCUUUCUCAAAGGCCCGAACAGCGAUGGCAGUCUUCCAGAGAGCUGGGUUAGCAUCGUGAAUGCCAAAACUCGGCCUGCUUCAGCUUCGUUCGAGGAAUUUUGCUUGGAGGAUGAUCACCCAAAGGUUGUUGAGAUCCGUGCUCGAGCUCGACAUUUGGAAGAGCAGCACCGCCCUAAGGGUGGUGAAUGGAUCGCGUGCGAGCACCGCCACGAUGUGGUCCGAUCGACCGAAAGGCUUGGUCGCCAGCGGCCCUUUACGAGCUGGGUUGAAACAGGCAAUUCAACCUGUUUCGAUUUUGCAUGGCAGCAAUGGGUAGAUAAACAAGUCGAUAGGGUCAAGGACCUUAUCGACAUCAACUACCUGCGAAGUGCAGGUAGGGGAAUCGAUCUGGGUUUCGUGGCCAGGGUUCAUAACCUCAGCCAAAAUGCAGAUAGAAAUACCGAAGGGAAGGGGAAUGGCAUUACCCAAUGCCUGACCCCUUCCAUGAUACCAUACUCAACCUAUCGAGGUGGUCCACUGAUUGGUAUCGAGCUCCUGUCCCUGCAAGGGCUGCCCACCGACGAACUCCUUUUCACAAAAGAGUCCGAGGCGAACUUGAAGGAUUUGGCCGGGAAUGCUAUGAGUAGCACCGUUGUAGGAACUGCAAUGGCUGCAGCCUUGGUUGUUGGGAUGAAUCUUCUUGGCCACAGCAACAGCAACAGCAUACAGCCGUCAGUUGCUGGGCCCAUCGGUCUCGUCAGUGCCUCACCAAUGACGUUACCGAGAUCGCAGUCAACAAUGUCUACCGACCCUGGGGUCUGCAACGAAUUUGAGCUAAAGCACCUCAUGAAUGCUGCAACUAAGAGUGCAAGGAAGUGUGUCUGUGAAGCUCAAACGUUAACGGCUGACAAAAUACAAAUUUGCAAGGCUUGUGAACAUACCUCCUGCCAGCAAUGCGGGAAGAAACCACAACAUGAGUAUGAGGUUCUCCAGGUUAGCAGACGCGAUCCGUAUCAGUUCGAAGGUCUUCUCAAGGAGGUUCUGCCGGUGGUCGUCAGGUUUAAAGGCAUUAAGAAUGCCAUCAAACAUGCGAUCUCGUACGGCGAGAGCCUCCCAAUCAAGGAUAAAAAGUGGGAUGUCUUCGAACGACGCGUCUUCGAUGCCUUAUCAUCAACGUUCACGCUGAGCACGAUUAAGAGAAAGGAUGUGUGGGUGGCUAAGUACGAUAGUCCGGUUGGACGUCUUGACCUCUUGAUGGGAGCAAAGCAGUUUGAAUGGAGGAUGUAUGUCAAGGUGGAUUACUCGGCAGAGGACUUUAAAGAGUUGAGACGCUUGUUCACGCCCCCGGUGGCUCAAAUGAUCGUCGACAACGCCCAUAAUUCAUUUUUUGAAGGGAUUUGGAGGAUCGGCGUUCCAGGAUCUGCCUCUGUCGAUGUCGUUGUUGAGGGAGUCGGGUCUCCGCUCGAUUCAUGGCAGAAGUCGCUGGGACUCGAAAAUCCAAUUUUCGCCAACAAGAUGGUCUACCCUCAGCUGAAUCUUCUGUUGAAUGAUCCCGCGAAAGCUUACCUCUUCGACGCUGAUUUCACUGGCGAAUGGACACUGCUUCCAAACUGUGGGACGGCUUGUAGAGCUUUGCAUAGUAAGGUCGACGGGAACGGGAACAAGCUCUUUUUGUUCAUCGAUCAGCAGCGAAUUGGAAAUGGGUCAAAUGAUGGCUUCGUCGUCGCUCGAGAUUGUGAACGCCUUGACUUUGGUGAAUAUCGUCCGUUGAUCGCCAAAUUUGAUAACGUCUUUAACCCAUGCACCAAGGCUCCACGAAUCAGUACCCAAAUCACCACGAACCAGUUUUGGACCCCCGUCGAAUCCCUUCGACUUAGGCCGUCUGGGGAUAUUCAAAUGGAGUAUUCUUUCAGCGUUCCAGAAGACAUCGCACCUGGCAGCAGCUGUUUCAGUCCGGUUGCCUUUCUGAUAUCCAAAACACGACUGGCUCCUGCUCUUUCAGCCAACUUUCCGAGGGAGUGGACGAUUAUCGAUGAAUCCAAUUCGAAGAAGACCUUCAAGUCCAUUAACUGGAUUGUUGAAAGUUUCAAGAAUACUCCAUCGUCAAACGGCUGGGUAGAGAUUGAUGUCAGGAAUUUGGUUCUUGAUUGCGGUUUGUGUGCACCCAAAAAACCGACGGUUUCCUGGGGGAUAAUCAGGGACACGUUGGCGCUCGUCGAAGACCCUGAAGAGUCAGCCAUCUGGGAGCGUGCUAUGAAGGCGCGCCCUCAACCCUGGGUAACCGCCUUGAAAGUCGAUCAUGUUGACGGCCAGGAUUUCCUUCAGCUCAACAUUGGCCUGAAUAUUGUUUCACUUUGCCAUCGAGCCGCUGAUCUGCUCCCCGGUGGCAACGGACUUGGAGACCUCUCAUUGAGUUGGAGACUGAAGUCAGACUAUGUCAGCCCCCCACGUCUAUUGCUACCCGAAUUCACAGUUCGAAGCAACCGCCAUGAUAGUCAGAGCUCGCAACCACCCGGGUUUCUGCUUCAGCUGAGGCCGGAACAGCUCAGAUCUCUGACCUGGAUGCGGUAUCAGGAGUCCUCCGAAGCUCCAAGAUUUAUCGAACAGGAAAUCGUAGAGUCUUCGCAUCCAAGGCUACCUUGGAAAGCAGAGCUUAAAGCGACUAGAGUCAAUGAUGCACGAGGAGGAAUUUUAGCCGAUGCUGUAGGAUACGGCAAGACGGCCAUUAUUCUCGGGCUCCUGGCUUUUAUGAAGGAUUCGUACUCUCCACCAGAUGAUUGCAAUGGUAGGAUUCCAGUAAAGGGGACUCUUAUCAUCGUUCCAGGUCACCUGUUAGAUCAGUGGGAAACAGAAAUCACUAAAUUCACCGGCAGUACGUUCAAAGUUCUGAUAAUCAAGACAAUGAUCAAUAUGAAAUCCCGUACGAUCAAGGAUAUCGUGAAGGCGGAUAUCAUCCUUAUCCCCGUUGCAUUAUUCAAGAGUCCAGUAUACCUUGAUCGACUGGCUGAGUUCUCGGGUGGUGGCGGCGAUGCCCCCACAAAAGAUGGCCGUAAAUUCCAAUUGUGGCUCGGUGAUUGCACCGAGAAGAUUGGGCCACAGGUCGAAAGAUUGCAGUCUGGAAAUGAAAGCGAGGUUCUUUCUGAGAUCAACUUGGGCUUCGAGAGCCGGAAAAACGCGAGGGAAUCAGAGGUGCUCCUAGGAAGAAUAGCUCACAAUAAGGCUGCCACAAGACGCAAAGCUAUUGCCAAAGGCAGGCCCGGCGCAAAAGAAAAGCCUGGUACAAAAGAAAAGCCUGGUGCAAAGGGCAGGUCUAAUGCGAAGGGCAAGUCCAAUGCGAAGGGCAAGUCCAAUGUAAAGGGCAAGUCCACUGUGAUCUCCCCUCAGACUAGUGAUACUGAGGACGACGAUUAUGACGAGGAUGAAGAUGAGGACGAAGACGAGAACGCAAGACCCAAAAAGAAAUCGAAACCACCCGCUGAGAAAUCUUCCGUCUAUGACGACCAAUAUUGGAGACUCAAGAACCUCAAGGGAAAUUGGCAGAAUUUACACACUCCACUCUUUGAGCUGUUCCAGUUCAAUCGGGUUGUGGCAGAUGAAUUCACUUAUUGCACUGGAAUUCCCUUACAGAUGAUUCCAGGCAUUCAUGCCACGUUCCGAUGGGUGCUCUCGGGGACUCCGGCUUUGGGAGACUUUGAUGAUAUCAAAAAGAUCGCUACUUUCUUGGGGAUUCGACUUGGUAUUGACGACGACAUCGCGAACAGUGAUAUCAACAACAAGAGGAUUACGAAGGAUCGAAGUGCUGUCGAGGCAUUUCACGCUUUCCAAGAAGCACAUACACCAGCAUGGCACGAGGAUCGCCACACUCUCGCCCAAGAUUUCUUGGAUAUCUUCAUGAGACAGAACAUCGCUGAGAUCGAUGAGAUCCCAUUUGAAGAACAUUGGGAAAUUGUUAAACAACCAGCGGCCGAGAAGGCUAUUUACAUCGAACUCGAUCAUCAUGUCCGGUCUAUGGACAUGAACAUCACUAGAAGAGUUAAAGGCGGUUCCAAAGGCAGCGGCGAUCGAGAUAAACGCCUUCGUACUGCUCUCGGAGACAGUGCGAGUGCCGAAGAAGCUCUCUUGAAGUCAUUAUGUCACUUUUCCCUCAACAUCGGGGACCUGGCCCCAGGAGCCACUGCUCGCACUGCCUGCGACCACAUCAUCAAACAGCGCGAGGAACAGCUCCGAAAGAACAAAAAGGAGUUACUAAAGUUGAUCCGGACUUGCCUCCACAAAGCCCAAACCUCACCGAUUCCAUCAAUACCUAAAACAGAACAUCCGUUCUUAAAAUUUAUCGAGCAAAAGCGACGAACAAAUCUUGAGGACUCUGAUGCUACUUCGGCCUUCCGGGACAUUCUCCAGCAGGCUAAGAACUUAGUAGUCUGUCACCGGAAUGAUACGGAGGAGCAAACUCCUCCGCCCUUGAAUGACGAUGAUACCGAGAUGGACGUUGAUGUCGACCCAUCCGACGAAGAGCGCCCCCCAGCUAAAAAACGACCUCUUGAAAUUGACGACAAUAUCGAUAUGUUUCGUACCAAGAAGAUUCAGGUCAACAGACUACUCAAGGAGCUAAUCGGCAGAUUCCGUUCCCUGCGUUUCUUCAAUGUUGUCCGCCAGGUGCAAGCUAAGGAUCCCAAUACUCGAUGGACCUGCGCAUGUGAGCCAGAACGGAAUUUUCCGCUUGAGAGUAUUAUUGUCUCGAGCAGCUGUGGGCACACGGCAUGUGCCGAGUGUAUGGCUCGGGCUGCCGACAGAAAACUGUGCCCGAGCAAGGACGCCGGCUGCGAAAGCCUGGCCCAACCGGCCAGCAUCGUCAAGGCGGUGUCCCUGGGGGCAGACUUCGACGCUCCAACUGCCCACGGUGCAAAACUGGAUAGACUCCUCCACCUUCUCCAGAACGUCAUCCCCGCUAACGAAAGGGUGCUUUUAUUCAUACAAUUCCCUGAUCUUUUGAAGAAAGUACUAUCGGUCCUUCAGGCCGCAGGUGUAAGUGUCACGCAGCUAGCAGGCCAAGCAAAAAAUCAAUCCAGCAAGCUGACAAAAUUCCAAACCGAAAAUUCCACCCGGGUCCUCCUUUUAGAAGUUAUGGCCGCGACAGCAGCAGGAGCAAAUCUCACGGUAGCCAACCAUGUGAUCUUCCUCUCCCCGCUUCUAACAGAAAAUCAGCAAAAAUACACUGCCGCAGAGACCCAGGCGAUUGGGCGUGUCCGGCGAUACGGCCAAAAGCUUAAGGUCCAUAUCUGGAGGAUAGCUGUCGAGGACACCAUCGACUUCGAAAUAUACGAGGAAAGAAGAAACCCUGUCCCCAAGUCGGAUUAA